AUGGAAUCAAGUAAAGACCAAAUUAUUCAGAAAAUAAUUCAAAAGAAUUAUUAUGAUGAAGUAAAAAAGAUGUACAAGAUAUUCUUUAUGUAUAUUAAUGAAGAAGAAAUUGAAAAAGAAAAAAUAGAAAAAAUAGAAGAAAUAAUAGAAAAUCCAAUGUAUUUAUGUUAUGAAACAAAUAUUGAAAUGGAAUACAUUGAGUCUUGUGUUUGUGAUAAAAUGAAAAAAAAAGAAAUUGAAGAAUAUCAUACAAUGAAUUGUAUUUUUAAUUCAAAUAAUGAAAGAAUCAAAACAUAUUGUAGAAUUAAUUAUUGUAUUAAUCAUCAAUUAGAUGAAGAAUUAGUUAAUAUAAUUAAUAAGAAUUUAGAAUGUAAAGAAGGAGAUUAUUAUGAAUAUUAUACGAUUUGUGAAAAAUAUAUAGAAAGAAAACUUAUACAAUUUUUUCAAAAAAAUAGAAACAUCAUUUUAAAAAUUAAUAAGUAUGGAUGGCAUUUAUUAUUAAAAAAUAGUAAUGAUGAAAUAAUUGAAAGUAUAGUUGAAUUAUGGAUAAAUAGUAAAGAUAAUGAAAUAAAUAAUGUAGAAAUAAUGAAAGAUAGGUUAAGAAAAUUAAAACGAAAUAAUAAAAACAAAAUUUUAAAGGAUUAUAUUAAAAAUAUAUCAAAAGAAAAUGAAACAAAAGAAGAAAUGAUGAAAAGAAUAAUUAAAUUUAAUGAAGAAAUAAAAGAAGUAAAUAAUACUAUUAUAUGUAUGAAAGAUUCAUUAAAUACUCAUUUUGGAAAAAUUGAUAAUAACGAAUUAAUGAUUGUAACAAAAGAAACUCAAAAAACUAGAAAUGAAACAGUUCAAAAAAUUAUUUCAGAACGAGGAACUUUUUAUCUUAAUUCAAUUGUUACAAAAGAAGAAUUUGAAAUGAUGGAAAGAAAGUAUCAAAAAAUAUCAAAUGCAUUAAAUAAUAUUUGUAUUGGUAAAAGUGUAAUUGAAAUGAGUACAAAAGAAUUGUAUGAAAUAAGUGAAUACAUUGAAAUUGAAAGUCAAUUAAUUGAAGAAAUAAGUGAAGAAAAUAGUUAUUCAACAGAAGAUAGAAUUAUACUUAUUGAUGCAUUAAGUCAAAAUAUAUUAAGUUAUGAUAUUUGUAUAUUAAUUAAUCAAUUUAAUGAUAAUAGAAAAGAAUUUAUUCAAGAACAAAUGGAAAGAAUAGGAAAAGUUAUUAAUAAAAUUAUUCCAGUUCCAAUAAAAGAUAAAAUAGUCAUUCAACACUGUUUAUAUGGAAUUAAAUAUCAAAUAAGUAAAGAACAAACAAAAGAAAGUUUAGAAAUAUUGAAAGAAAUAGAAAAAGAAAUUAAAAAAGAAUUUUUUAAAGAAGAAAUGAUAAUUUUAUUAACAAUUUUAUUAAAAAUAAUACCAAUAAAUAAUAUUAUUGAAAUAUUUAUUUUUCAUGAAAAAGAAAUGAAAGAAAAUGAAAUUAAUAUUAUUAUUGAUAGUAUUAAUGAUUACUAUGACCAUGAUAAAAGAAAAUGUAUUUUUAAAUUAAAUCAAAUACAAACAAAAUUUAAUUUUUUAAUAUUAUUAAAAUUUCUUAUUGUAAAAGAAAUUAUUGAAGAAUGCAAAGAAGAAAUGAAAAGAGAUUUAAAAGAUGCAUUAAGUUAUUUAAAAUAUUUAAAUGAUGAAUAUUCAAAAAAAAUUAAUAGAAAUGAAUUAACACAACAAAUUAUGAAUAUUAUUUGUUAUAAUGAAAUAAUGAAACAUAAAGAAUUAAUUAAAAACACAAAAUAUUUAAAGUUAUUUGAAAUAAAAAAAAUUAAUUUAUUUCCAAGGAUUAUUAAUUAUCAACAACAAAAAGAAGACGUUCUUUUAAAUGAAAAUUCUCUUACGACUCUUUCUAAAAAUAAUUUAUUUCAACCAUCUCAACAAAUUAAAUUAUUAAAUACAAACUAUCAAAAUGUAACUAAAAGUUAUGACGUUAAAAAGUGGACAUCAAAAUCAAUGGAAAGCUGUUUAUAG